AUGGCAAGCCUCGCGUCCACGCUGAAGUGCUUGGGGCUGGAAGCGUACUACGAUGCUUUCGUCGACAACGGUUUCGAAAAUUGCAACACGCUGAUGAAGAUCACGGAGGAUGAUCUGAAGGAGCUCGGGGUCAAGCUGGGCCAUCGUCGUAUCCUGCAACAUGAGAUCACUACACAACGAAAAUACUCUGGUCAAGCUUCUGAGGUUUCGGAGGAUAGUGAACCUCCUAAGGGCAACGGGAAUGUUUCAGAUGAUAGCCUCCUUGCGUGGGCCCGUCGAGUUUUCGCCGACCAAGGACAGACCAUAACCCCCCAAUUGCUCGGCAAGAUCAGCAGCAUGCUCACUGAGGAUGGCAUUGAGAUCAAGUACUCUGAAUUUAUUUGCCAAAACCGUCUCCAAUCUACGCCGGAUGUCAUCAAACUGUUUCUGAUGACAACCCCUCAAACCAGCGAAGGUCUUCAUCAAGACGACAUCGCCGAACGACUGAACUUGGAAGAGGACGAUGUUGCUGCAGCUGGAGAUGAGCUUCUGGGGCUGGGGGUCAUCUACACGACUACUAACGACGAGACCUGGGCUGUCCUGGAGACGGAUUAG